UCCUCCCCUCCCUCCUCCCCCCUCCUCCUCCUGGGGAGUCAGGCUCUGGCUGCGAUCGCUCCCUCUCUGCAGCUCGCGUCAGUUUCCCUCUCCCGCGGCAGGAGCAGCGGCGGCGGCGGCGGCAGCUGAGCAGGCAGAGGCGGCGGGAGCGGCGUCUCCAGCAGCUGCGGCCCCAGCUCCCGGGGCUCUUCGCUUCCCAGCGCGCAGCCCUCCCGCCCCGGCCCCCGGCGCGUGUCCUGGAGCGCCCCGGGCAGAGAGCCGCACCUCAGAGCGCCGGACGCCUCCUGGCCGAAGCCGCUCCCCCCGGCCGCCCGGGGGCACCCUCCGGCGGGGAAGCUGGGCGGCAUCAUGAGGAGGCUCAACCGCCGCCUGGCGCUCACUCUCUUCGGGGUGCUCUGGAUCGCGGCGCUGCUGCUGCUAUGGGGAGUGCAGAGGAAGUUGGAAGUAGCCCCCGGCCCCGAGGGGCAGACCCCCGAGGCCUUGGAGAGUGACUGGGGUGACUUGUGGGACGAGUUUGAGGAGCGGCGGUACCUGAGUGCUAAGAAGUGGCAAGUCGGCCAGGAUCCCUAUAAGCUGUACUCCUUCAACCAGCGGGAGAGCGAUCGGAUCCCCAGUAACCGGGCUAUCCGGGACACCCGCCCUGACAGAUGUGCAACUUUGCACUAUGGUCCCAACCUUCCUCCAACCAGCAUCAUCAUCACCUUCCACAAUGAAGCCAGGUCUACCCUUCUAAGAACCAUCCGGAGUGUGUCAAACCGAACUCCAGUGCAUCUGGUCCAUGAGAUCAUCUUAGUGGAUGACUUCAGUGAUGACCCUGACGAUUGCCAGCUGCUGAGCAAGCUGCCCAAGGUGAAAUGUUUAAGGAAUGAACAGCGAGAAGGGCUGAUCCGUUCUCGGAUCCGGGGAGCAGACCUAGCCCAGGCCAGCAUCCUGACUUUUCUUGACAGCCACUGUGAGGUAAACAAAGACUGGCUUCUGCCCCUCCUGCAUAGGAUCAAAGAGGAUCCUACACGGGUGGUGUGUCCAGUAAUCGACAUCAUUAACCGGGACACUUUUGCCUACGUGUCUUCUUCCCCAGACAUGAGAGGUGGGUUUGAUUGGACACUCCAUUUCAAGUGGGAGGAGCUUUCCCUCAGGGAAAAGGCCUUACGGGUGGAUCCCAUUCAACCCAUCAAGACCCCAAUUAUUUCCGGAGGGCUAUUUGUAAUGAACAAAUCCUGGUUUAAUCACCUGGGGAAGUAUGAUGCAGCGAUGGACAUCUGGGGUGGAGAAAACUUUGAAAUUUCCUUCCGAGUGUGGAUGUGUGGAGGCAGCCUGGAAAUUCUUCCCUGUAGCCGGGUGGGGCAUGUGUUCCGGAAGAAGCAUCCCUAUACUUUUCCAGAAGGCAACCUCAAUACCUAUAUAAAGAAUACCAAGCGUACUGCUGAGGUAUGGAUGGACGAGUUCAAACAUUACUUUUAUGCUGCCAGACCCGUGGCCCAAGGCCGGCCUUUUGGAAACAUACAAGCCCGAGUGGAGCUGAGGAAGCGCCUGAAGUGCCAUACUUUCAAGUGGUAUCUGGAGAACGUUUAUCCAGAACUCAGGAUUCCUGAAGAGUCCUUGUUCCAGAAAGGAAUCAUCCGUCAGAAACAGAAGUGCCUACAGUCCCGAAAGCAGGAAGGCCAAGAGUUCCCAUCCCUCAUCCUGAGUCCUUGUAUUGAUGGAGAUGGGGAAGCAGCAAGGCCUCAGGAAUGGGCCUAUACCUAUGCCCAGCAGAUCUGCCAGCAACAACUGUGUUUAUCAGUACACAUGCUUUUCCCUGGUUCUCAAGUGCAGCUUUCUCCUUGCAAGGAAGGAGAUGAUAAACAGCGAUGGGCCAAGUCUGGCCCCCGAAUCAAGCACAUGGCCUCCCGCCUUUGCCUAGAUACAGACAUAAUGGGAGAUGGCACUGAGGACAGCAGGGAGAUGGUCAUCAACCCUUGUGAGACCUCAGUCAUGAGCCAGCGCUGGGACAUGGUGUUCUCGUGAACGGAGCUCCGUGGGCAGACUCUUGGAAAGCAGUUCUGGACAGGCACGAAACUCUUGCCCAGAAGGGGACAAACUCAAGGUGUGGAAAGCUGUGAGAGGCCUAGGAAGGCCUCCCGGCGUGGAAGGUAGAGACAGAGCCACUUGCAGACAAAAGGAGUGGCCCUCUUGGUGCGCCGGAGGAAGGGAUGCCCUGCUGAGCGGCGCCUCGGAGAUCUCAAGCUACAGGGGGGCCUUGUUCCCAACCACAAUGGGAUUCCUUCCAGCACAAGCUGGUGCCUUCUCCUGGUUGGGGAGCGAGUGUGUGUGUGUGUGUGUGUGUGAGAGAGAGAGAGAGAGAGAGAGAGAGAGAGAGAGAGAGAGAGAGAGACAGAGACAGAGACCCCCAGUUGGAAGCUGCACAUUUGUUAGUUUUUUUUCUUUUGUUUUCCCUUUGUAACAGAAACAGAGCCAAUGAGGAAACUCCUGGGUGUCUUCUGGCUGCCAUGACACCAGAGAUGAGGAGCGUUUGCAGACCAAAUAAAGACUAUUAGAAGUCGGCAGAUUCUCUUUGUAUAUAUGAACAAAGCUUUGACUUGUGCUAGGAAAAGAUGUUGUUAAUAUAGUAAACUUUCCAUUUGCCAGAAUAUUCUGGGAAUGGGAUGUUGUGAUUAA